AUGAGUGAGACGAGCAGCGGUGGGUCGAGGCGCAAGAGCCGUCUAUCAGGGAAGCGAUUGUCCUCUGCGCCAGAAGCGACCCGCAAUUUUGAUAGAGAGGAAGAAUUUUUCGGCUUCCCCCCGGUUCGAUUCAUCGACGAGGUGAUUAACACCGUCAACGAAUACGCCUGCAAUGCUGCCGAUGCGCUGGAGGAGGCGCUACGAAUAGCGUUGACCAAGAGGGAGGGGAAACCAGUGGCCAACGAAGCCUUGCAGAAUGGGAGCGAUCAGGUGUUGAAGAUUUUACAAGAAUCGAUCGAUAAGAACUUCGACCUCUGGGAGCUCUACGUGCUCAAGAACACCUUCGUCGUGCCUCCCGAGUUUGCGAGUUUCAAGAAUCAGCAGGGAGCAGACGAGCUGGAUCGGCCAUCAAAAAUCGAGGCCCUGCGCCGCGAGAACACACAACUCGACCAGGAGAUUGAGCAGCUCAAGAAGCGAGUGCUUGCGACCAAGUUUGUGAACGACGCACUCGAGAAGGAGAACGAUGCGCUGGAGAAGGAGAACGAGCGAUUAGACCAGCACGCGCAACUGCUCGGGCAGCUGUCUGCUCGUGUGGCCGACAGUGGCUUGGACGAGGUGGAGUCCGUGUUGAAGAGUCUCGUCAGCCGACGAGAGCGGCUGAUGACGCUCAUCAGGGAAGCCCAACAGUUGGACGUCGAGACGCCACCAGAUCGGGAUGUUGGGGCGCGUCAUCGAGAACACCGCAAGGCGACAAACGUGGAACCAGCAGAGUGA